AUGUGCUUAAGCACAGGUUCCAUAGUGAUCAGUUUUAAGCAUAGAUUCAGUCAAUACAGUGUUCUUAAAGCUAGUGAUGAUGAUGGUGAUGAUACUCCCCCACCAAUACCAGCCUAUAAUCCUAAUGGAGUACAAGAAUACUCUAAACUGAGGAGAGAGGGAGAGAAAAAGAAUAAACAACAACAACAAGGAGGUGGUCUACUUUAUUCAACACUCAAUCAAGACGAUGAUACUCCUCCUCCUGUACCACCUGCUUAUAAUCCUGAGAGAGUACAGGAAUAUUCUGUAUUGAAGAGAGAGGGAGAGAAUAAGGGUCAACAGAGUCUGUCUACUGGUGCUACUGGAUUAUAUUCAACCAUUAAGGACACUAACAACCAGGUUUUAGUUGAUGAAUCAGCUCAUAAACCAGUGUAUGCUGAUCUGGCUAUUGCUGCUAAAGGGAAGAGACCACAGGCAGCACCAAGACAAGAACAACCAGUGGUAUAUGCAUUAGUUAACAACAAAUCUGUUCCUCCUCCCAUUGCUCCUCCACCUGCUCCUGAUAAAUAUGCAGCAGUCAAUGGAAAUAGGAAGUCCACUACUCAAGAGCUGAUCAUGAAUAGGUUAGGUGGUCUGGAUAUUCCUCCUCCAAUACCACCAAAACCAAAACCUUAAA